AACAAUUGCAUACUGGAAGUUAAAUGUUUAGUCAUAAUAAAUUUAUUUAAAUGCGAAAUUCAUUUACAUAUUAGCACUUGAAUAAGAAGAUUGAAACGAUUAGCGGAGUAAACAAAACAAUACGUACGCAGAGUGAGCCGAGCAGAACGGACCCCAUACAGAAGCCACAAAAAAGUGGGGACAGUUAAGAGAGAUGUCCUACUUUGCUCAUAGUGGUGAUUUGGUUAAUCUAAAUGUAGGGGGUCAGAGAUUUUCAACGUCACGUCAAACACUUACCUGGAUACCAGAUACAUUUUUUACCGCCUUACUUAGUGGCCGCAUAUCAAGCCUGAAAGAUGAAACUGGAGCAAUUUUUAUAGAUAGAGAUCCAUCAUUAUUCUCCAUAAUUUUGAAUUAUUUACGAACAAAGGAAAUUGAUAUAAAAAACUGUGAAAUACGAGCUUUACGCCACGAAUCAGAAUAUUAUGGAUUGACCCCAUUGGUAAAGCGUUUGGCAUUAUGUGAAGAUUUGAAUCAUUCCUCAUGUGGAGAUGUUUUAUUCUAUGGUUUUCUACCAGCUCCUGCUAUACCGCCAAAUGAUAAUAUUGUUGUUAAUCAACAACAGGGAUGCUCUUCCAUUGACUCUAAUUCUCCACGUAAUAAUGCGGUAUCAUCAUCUGCUAUUCCGGUACCCCUGGAACAAUGCUUGCCAUCAACUUCAUCGGGUGUGGCUGCGGCAGGUUCAAAUGCUCGUCCAGGUUCAAUGGUGCGUGUACCAGAACCUUCAAAUGUGGUUUCUAAUCGCCAUAGCACUCAUUCGCGAAAUUCUUCAUGGGAUUUACGAUUGGGUCGUGGCAGUUCGACUUCACAAGACAGCCGCUGCUGGCCGGCUAACAAUCGUGGAGAACAUUCUCGAAAUCCUUCAUUAGAUUUUAUGCGUCAUUCUCGAAAUUCAUCAGCUGACCUAAAUAAACUAAUCCGUAACGAUGUCGGUUUAGUAUUCUCGCCGACUCUCAGUUCAAAUUGGGUUGAUCCCCUGCGUGUGCAAAUCAUUAAGGCUCAUCAAAAUUGGUUUGCAGUGGCCUAUGCUCAUUUUGUGGCCUGUUAUCGGGUCAAAGAUUCCAAUGGCUGGCAAUUGGUUUUCACUUCUCCCUACAUAGACUCCACAAUCGAACGGAUUGCUAUAAACUCGAAGGUUAAUAUGUCUACGGCUGAACCCAUACCCAGUAAAAUGGUGGCUAUUUCUUAUGGCAGUCAGAUACGCUUGUGGAGUAUCCAUGAGGGAGGGAAUAAAACCGAUAUCGGUACAUUUAACUUGAAUGUACGAGUAGAAUAUUUGUUUUUUAUUGGUAGCCAAUUGGUAGCUUUGUCAUCGUCGGGUAAAAUAGGUGUUUGGCAUGCAAUGACCCAACAUUGGCAAAUACAGGAUUUGGUACCAGUUCUAUCAUUUGAUUCGGCUGGUUCUUUCUUACUGUUGGGUUGUAACAAUGGUUCCAUAUAUUAUAUAGAUAUGCAGAAAUUUCCCUUGCGCAUGAAGGACAAUGAUUUACUGGUUACUGAACUAUAUAAAGAUCCAAAUUUAGAUCCAAUAACAGCAAUUUCUGUGUAUUUAACACCAAAAACUUCAAGCAUUAGUGGCAAUUGGAUUGAAAUUGCUUAUGGAACAAAGAGUGGUGCCGUACGCAUUAUUGUACAGCAUCCCGAAACCGCUGGUCAUGGUCCACAUCUUUUCGAAACGUUUACAGUUCAUCAAAGUCCUGUAACAAAAGUUAUGCUCUCUGAAAAAUAUCUGGUAUCUGUGUGCAGUGAAUACCAUCAUGUGCGGACCUGGAGUCUAACCAGAUUUCGUGGUAUGUUAUCAACACAGCCUGGUUCAACGCCGGAGGCCUCCUUUAAAAUCGUGUCUUUGGAAGCUACUGAAUCGAAUUAUAGUUAUGUUGCUGGCAAUGAUUUCGGUCCUUACGGUGAUUAUGAUGAGCAAAUAUUUGUGCAAAAGGUUGUACCCGAAACUGAUCAACUUUAUGUGCGUUUGGCUUCGAAUGGUGAACGGGUCUGUGUGAUCAAAUCGGUUGACGGAUCGUCGAUAACAUCGUUUUGUGUCCAUGAGUGUGAGGUUAGCUCACGUAUGGGUUCUCGUUUCAUAUUGACGGGUCAUUGCAAUGGCAACAUACAAAUGUGGGAUCUCACAACAGCGCUGUCGUUAUUUUCCAAAAAAGAUGAAAGCCAGGCGCAGAAAAUCAAUGGCGGACCCGAUACCAACGAGCUACUCCGCCUACUUGACCAGUGUGAGAUCAGUAAUAGCCUCUGCUCAACGCCUUGUAUGUCACCAUGUCUCUCAGCUUUUGGAGGGGUGGCAAAUACCACUAUAGCGCGCAUGAAGGCCAGUAAUUUGGCCUUACUCAACCAAUCGUUGCAGCAAACAUCGUCAGCAGCCACCACAUCUUCAUCGGCACCGGCAUCAUCGUCGUCAUCCACAGCAGCAUCAUCUUCAGUUCAACAUCAUCAUCAACAACCUGGACAAUCUCAACACAAUAUGCCUCAUGGCAAUGGUGGUAACAUAAGUGAAUGAAAUACGGUAGCGACGUUUGCAGAGGCGGCGCUAGUCGGGCGUAUUUAUUCACAACUUUCAUUUUGUCAUCUUUUUAUUGGUUUUAAUAUUUUCUGUAAAUUAGUUCGCGUCAUAGCAUGUUGUUUGUUUUAUAUUUGUAUUUUGAUGCUAUGUGUCAUAAUCACUCCCUGAUUGCACCACGAAAACCACCCUAAACUAACCUUGAAAAGGUAAAACAUGAAAAUAUUAAAUUCGAUUAGAACUAUUUGUUUAUUAUUACACAUUUUUUAUACUUUUUUUCACUACACAUACUACUUAUUUAUAUAUUUUUUAAAUAAAUUUUCUAUAUACACGUAGAUAUUUAAUUUUACUACAAAUUCUUUAAAAGAGUUAAAAACUACAUACACAUUUUUAUUCCAUAAAAAAAAACAAAAAUGUUUUAACGAAUUAAAAAUUAUACAUAUUCAAUCAAUAAAUACAUAUAGACAAUAUUAAAUGUGAA